CUAUAAUUAACCUACAUCGUUCCACACUGCUAUUAUUUUAUUAAUCAGACAUAAAUACAAAGGUCAUCGCUACAAUAACCAUAACCCAUUGUCCCUUAUUUCCGUUACUACGGUAACAAUCCAAUGAAAGCUGAAUACAAACAUGUCAUAUUUCUGCAUUGCAGUUUUUGAUUGAGCCUUAUCGUUUUUAUACAAUUUUUUAAAAAUAAGUACUACCUGGGAAAGGUAUGACCAGCUGUAGCAGUUCAGUGUCCGUACCUGUAAAGUCUACCAACUCCGAUGAUCACAGGAGUAAUAGUUGUAAUUCAGUAUGUACAACAAAUUCCAGUUGCUUUUUACAAAAGAGAAAACCGAAAAAUCCGCUGAUGUACUCGAACAGAACAAACUAUCCAAAAUUUACACCUGUAAGCAAUACAGUAAAGCAGAGAGUGCUGUCCGCUAAAUUAUUAAAACUUAGAUCUUUACAAAGUCAAUUAAACGACGCGAACUAUCACUUGUCUGAAUUAAGUAAGGAAAAUCAAAUUCUCAAAAAUCUACAAAAACGUCAAGAUAAAGCAUUAUCAAAAUAUGAAAACACAAACGCAGAUCUGCCUCGUUUGUUACGCGGACACGAAGAGCAAAUUCGAAUGUUAACGGAAAAGAACAAAGCGCAAAGAUUUAAAAUUCGCGAACUUACGGAAUUGGUGAAAAGCAGAGACGAAGAACUUUUACGAAAUCAAGAAAGGCUCGCGUAUCUCGACAGAUUAAGCAAAGACAAACGAUUGGUGGACAAAGAAAAAUUGUUGGAGCAAAUAGAAGAUUUGAAGCUCAAACUUCUAAAGGUGGAGGAGUUCAAUAGUAUUUUGAAUAGAAAGUUGGUUUUAGAGUCGAAAACUUCCAAGCAAAGAUUAAAUAAUGAAAAUAUGAAAUACAGGAACAGUCAAAGAGAUUUGACGCAGGCUCUGACAGAGAUUGAGCGACUGACAGGACUUUUAGAGACAAAAGAAAACGUAGUGCAUCCCCGAAAAAACCGAUUCACCCGCCUUCAAGCCGUCUCGAUGGUCAACCUAAACACGUACCGAUCGCAGAAAUCCAAAAACGUGGAAAAACUGGCGACUAUAGAAGACGACUCUGAGUCGGUUCCGGAAAAAACGCCCGUUUCGAAUAUCAAAUUGGAACCGAUCAAGUGUCGACAGGAGGAAUCGUUUAAAAAGCCGAACGGAAUAUUGGAUUCGCCCUCGGAGAAUAUCAAAAAUAGACUAUCGUCUAGUGGUUCUAAAUCCAGAGAAAGUGGAGAAGAUAGUAAUUUAUCCGGGGAGGAUGACUAUGGUAGACUGUCGGAUAAUGGAUCUGAAUUAUCGUUGAAUAAUUUCCUAUUAGCCGAAGAAAAUAUUCAAUGCGAUCCGCCUGUCGAGGAGGAAACUUUGGAAAAAUUAAACGCACAAUUAGAUGCAGCUAUUAAAAAAGCGGAACAAAAUGUCGAUAGCGAGUUUGACAAAAAAAUGGGAACGUACUGUUCGGAUGUUGUGCAUGAUGUACGAGAGUUUUCAGACAGGGUAGAUGCACAAAAAGAGAGCCUAAAGGUAUCCAAGAACGACACAAAUUCCAUUAUAGAAACGUUCGAAAAAACCCAAAAAUUGGAGAAGAAACUAAACAAAUCAUUUCUGAACUUCGACCCUUUAAACGACGAUUUUCUAAAAUCGAUUCUAUCUGAAGGCAAACCGGACAAAAACGGAAAUAUAAAUAAAGAGCCGAAGUUCGGUUCUUCUGUUGACAGAAAAAAAUUGUUAGAUACAUUAAAGGCGAUAGACGAUGGUGACAGUUUGGAUUUCGAUGACCUACCGAUGCACAAAAAGAAUUUUUCUAGGGAGAUAGAUCAGUUAAUCGGGUGAUGUUGAUUGGUUGGUUUCACUACGUACCUACAAAUUAUUUUUUUUUAUUUUUGUAAUGUUUAUUUGGUAUAAACAGAAAUAAAGUAUCUAUUUAUAUAAC